AUGGAGAGGCAAACAGACUGGUAUACUCUUUUGCCACCAGAAGGAAACUGGAAACUGGACAGGCUGGAAACUGUCCGCAGGGCGUGCUUGGAAGAGGCGCCGACAGACACGCCCUUCACACCACAGGAGCUCAAGGCCACACUAAAACCUCGUCGGGACACGGCAGCAGGGACGGACAGGAUAACCUAUUCCAUGAUAAGAGAAGCCGGAGAACCCGCCCACCAAGAACUCCUGCGAGUUGUUAAUGCCUCGUAUGACGCGGGCAGACUGCCUUUAUCAUGGAAACGGGCCAACAUUGUCCCGAUCCCUAAACCGAACGACCCGGGGAGCCAUAGACCCAUCUCCCUCCUUAGCUGUUUGGGAAAAACGGCAGAGAAAAUGAUGCUGGCACGCCUUCAGUUUGCAACAGGGGACCUGCAUCAACAUAUAUACGCCUACACCCCGAAAAAAGGCACAAGAGACUGCCUCACCGAGCUGAUGACAACAGUAACUAGCAGGAAAGCAGCAGUUGUCUUUGUGGACUUAGAAAAGGCCUUUGAGCUUGCAAGCGCUCCAGCGAUCCUGGAGUCGCUUGCAAAACGGGGAGUCAAAGGCAAGCUACUGAAAUGGACUCAGGAUUUCCUCCAGGAAAGAAAAGCGACAGUCACCUUCCAAGGUAAAACUUCCCACACCAAGACCUUCGAAAAUGGGACGCCUCAGGGAAGUAUAUUAAGUCCCUUCCUUUUCAACAUCCUUAUGGAAAAUCUGGUGACACUCGAUCUAGGCGCCAAUAUAAAAAUCCUAUGCUAUGCUGACGACAUAGCCAUCGUCACCACAGGUCCCAGAUAUGCACACAGGGCACAAAGAGCCAUCACCCGCAUCUCCCAAGAAUGCCAGCAUCUUGGGAUGAAGAUCAAUGCCAUGAAGACCAAGGCACUUCAUCUUGGCUCAAGGAAGACACUUCCUCCACUACGGCUCCAUGACUCUGAUAUUGCAUGGGUGGGAAGCCAUCCAUAUCUUGGGGUUUGGAUGGAUCCCCACCUCACCUUCAAGAGCCAUGUCGCUGCCACAGCAGGUAAGGCAAAAGCCAGACUGAACAUCAUGAGAGCCAUCACAGGACUGAAAAGAGGCGCCAACUAUCAAGUGCUGCGAACUUAUUAUAUCCAAGCAGUGAGGUCGGUCAUAGAAUACGGCGCCCCAUGCCUCUCCACCGCCAGCACAACAGCCAUCACCUCCCUGGAGAUGCUGCAAAACCAAGCCUUGCGCCUCAUGGUUGGAGCACCAAAAUGGACAAGGAUUCGCACUCUCCAAGUUGAAACCAACAUCCUUCCUCUGGCAACAAGACUGAAAGCCGUCAGCACCGCCCACCUCGGCAAGCUCCUCAGACAAGAGACCACGUCAGAGAAGACAGAGAGCAUCAGGCAAGCCCUCGCCCAGGACAGGGACCUGUUCACUAAGAAGACAUGGGCCUCCACAGCAGCGGACAGCAUCAAGACACUACACGUCCAACACUUUUUCACUCAGUUCAAAGCAGACACACCACACGAAGAUUACACCCCACCACCGCCAUGGACACCACAUGUUCCCCAUACGUCAGCUCUCAAACCACCGACAGCCAAGGCCAAGCUCAGCAGUGCGGAGCUCUCAGCACUAGCCGAAGAGGCCUUGCAGUCAGCACCCUCCAGAGACGCUGAUGUAUACUAUACAGACGGCUCAGUUGACCGCGAGACCAACACCGCAGCUUCUGCUUUCGUCCAUGAGGAGGAAACAGCUCUCUUCCGGCUUCCUGACGGGUCGUCUACUCUGCAGACUGAGCUCCUGGCUAUACUUAAAGCGCUCCAACACUCUGAACCAGGACAGAAGCCAGUCACCAUCCACACGGACUCCCUGGGCUGCAUCCAGGCACUGACAAGAGGGACACCAAGAGAUAAUGUGGGCCUGAUCACUGCCAUUCUGGUCACGGCCAGACGCGUCCAGGCAAACGGCAGGGCCGUGCAUAUCAAUUGGGUCCCAAGUCACACAGGCAUCCCAGGGAACGAUGAGGCCGACACAGCCGCAAAAAACGCCCUAAGUCUUCCCAAUGUCACUGCAAAAAUACCGCCAAGUCUCUCCAGCCUGAAGAACAACAUUAAAGCGGUGACUCGCCAGGAAGCUCGGGACAACAUGAGACAAUGGGCCAGUGCGGGAACACCAAGUGCUUACUGGUACCUACAGGCAUUACAAAAUCCCGACCCACUUCCACGAAACCUGGAGAGGGAAUCCAGAGUGAACCUACACAGACUCCGUCUAGGUUACAAAUGCUUCAAUGAGUUACAAAACACCUAUGACACUUGUCCACACUGCCACACACAGACCAUGUCCCCACUCGUACACUACAUUGAAGAUUGUCCAGCAACAGGGACAAUGCUCAACAGAAAUAGUGGCACCGCUCCAGAUAUACUGAAACAUACACCACAAGACACACUCAUAGAGCUAGUACGGACGUACCCUCCACCUCGUUAA